AUGAAUUCCUCUCCUGGGAAGAAUAUAUACUAUUCUUCUAAUCCAAAUUCACUGCCCCAGGGCAGUCACAGGAUGUCUGGUUCAUUAGGAAAGAAUGAAGCCACACAAGGAGCGUCCUUUGGUGCAAGUAAUCAGAAAAAAUCGUUCAGAAUACAACAUUACGGUAAACAGGGUAGUCCAUCGCCCUUUUCAGAACAAUCUACCACUAGACCUAAAUUAUUUCCUAGACACUCGUAUGCUGGGAACAACGGGAUCGGUUUGUAUGAGAACAGUACAAGAUCGUUGGCUUCAGCGGAUUUCAGCCCUAAAAGCAUCCCCAUAGCUGGAGAUAGGCCCGCUCAAAAUAACAUACUUCGACACAAGAGAAGAGGAAGCAAAAGAAAUAUUUCUAUACCGUCACAAAAUCCUAGUAACACGAUAGAAAAUGACGGACUAAUAUAUACUUUGAGGACUAAUAAGGAGGUGGCAAGUAUUGACCGAAUAAAUGACCCAAGUCUCCAUGGUCUGAUAUGUGCAGGAAAAUCUCAUCUAGGUUACUACAAGUUCAAUCCUGAAGACAACACUAUAAAGUUACAUCACGACCUAUUAAAUAUCUGUACAAAGACGACAAAAGUGCCUACAAAUCCGUUAAUUUCUAGGAGAAACUCGAGACAGUUAAAAUUAAGUACCAUAGCAGAUGUUAAAUGUGGCUUCCAGAAUUAUAGAAAUUAUGCCGCGAUCUGCACAAACUCCACUACCAUUUCGAUCUUUGAUAUCGUUAAGCCUCCCAGCAGCUCUGAAUUCAACCCCGUAGUUACUUCUUUCAAUGGUCAUACAAGAUCAGUAAAUGGAUUUGAUUUCAAUAUGAUACAAACUAAUUUGAUCAUAAGUGGGGGGCAGGAUGCUUGUGUUAAGAUUUGGGAUAUAAGAACAAACACCCGUAAGGACUCUUCCCGUUCUGAUAUAAAUAUUACAACAUCAUACGAUUCAAUUAGAGAUAUAAAAUGGAUGCCAGGAAGCAACAUUCUUGCAAAUAAUUCCGACCCUUCCAGCUAUGGCAGUUACGGUGUUAGAAGCCACUCAGGUUACAAAUUCGCCUCCAUACACGAUUCUGGUACGGUAUUAAAAUUUGACCUUCGUCAACCCAACCAAUUUGAAAAGAAAAUCAAUGCUCAUACUGGUCCUGGCUUGUGUCUGAACUGGCAUCCGAACCAGGACUAUAUAGCUACCGGUGGUCGUGAUGGAAAAUGUUGCCUAUGGUACGUUGGGGAUAAAACUUCAAUCGACAGCGGCAAUACUUAUGGUAGCAAUACUUUUACCAGUUUAUCCUCAGCAGCGAUACCUCCAAAUAAUCCAUUAGCAUUUCCUGAAACUACGAUUAACAUAGGAUCUCCUAUAACUAAGUUGAAGUUUCGUCCUGCAUUUGAACAAAAUGUUCAAAAUUCAAUCUUGGCAAUUUCCUCAAUGGGUGAAGAAGCCCAAGUUUCGAUUUUUUCUCUAUCAAGAAAAUAUAUUCCAAGACAUGUUUUUGAAACUUUUGCUCCAUCUUUAGGACUCGUAUGGUGGAACGAUGAUUCCAUUUUUAAUAUUGAUAAAGACAACUUUAUAAAUGGAUGGGAUAUAACUAAGGCACCUACUCUUUUAGAUAAUUUACCCAAAAACAUUACAACUUGGAGAGACAUGGAUGGUGAUGGCCUUCUUUUCGUUAACCAAGAGCAAGGAUCAUACUCAGCGACAGAUCGUCAUCCGGAGGAAAGUGAUGUACCUCGUAGAGAAAGUUUAACAGGCUCCUUAGAAAACCAAAAUAGCCAUGUAACUUCGACAUUGAUGACAGGUUUCAAAAAAGGCAUAAGUCAGACGGGGUUAUCGUCAUUUUCCACUGAACGGCCAUCUCUUUCUAAGCAUAAUACUUCAUUCAGCUCAAAACACUUCAUACCAUCACCACUGGGAUCCUCAUACAACACUUCUUCGACGCCAUCAGUGAAAUCAUUAAUUCCAUUGAAUGAGGGUCUUGGCACUGAAAGAGGUCGAUCACCCUUAUUAAUUACUUUAGACAUGCCACACAUCUUUAACAGCAUGAGAGCCUCUCGAUUGAGUGGGUAUGAUGAAAAUACUAUAGGUAAACUUAUUAAUAAUGAGUCACCUGUUGAAGUAUUCAAAUAUCUUGCACGUGAAUUAGAGUUUUCAAUUGAAAACGAGAAAGAGGCUGAUGAUAAUGACAGUAUAGCUGGGAGAAGCUCACACGAAGAAAAUGAAACCCAAAUAGAUUUGAUGAAGAAAUUUGGAUUUUCAGAAAAUGCUACUUGGGCCAACUUUAUGACCAAAAAAGACGAAAAUGAACUCAAAAAGACAUCUACGUCGAACGAAAACUCUAGUGAAGUUUCUUCAUUUAGUGUAGAAAGAGGCAGAAGCUCUUCAAAUAAUGAACAUAAGAAUGAUGCCGAAUAUAUAUACAAGGACCCUCCUAGAUCUAUAUCUCGACCUCCGGCCAGAAAGAGUGAAAUUGAAGAUAAUGACAAUAAAUUAACGAGAAACGUCAUUUCGAAAAGUGACCCGGAUGCUGUAGAAAAGAGCAAACUCUCUGAAGUCUUCAAGAGUAAAGACAAUGAUUUAGAACCUAGGAUAGAGGUGCUUUUGGAACUAGUGAGAAUAUCAGGACAUAAUGCAACCGUGUAUUCUACUAUAAGUGAUACUCCAGCAUUUAAAACAUGGCUCUUAAUUCGUGAUUCUUUAUUAUGGGAUUUGAAGAAAAUAACGGAAGUUGUAGAGGGAUCUUCAAUCAAGGACAACAAUGCUAACACUAUAAGUGCUGAAAACACUGAUCCCUAUAUUGGCCAAUCUGAUAAGAGAAACAGAACGCAAUUGCCAAAUCCAUCUACAAGUUCAGAAUAUAGUAUGUCCGAACAUGACUAUUCUUUUGGAGAUGAGCACCCCCAACCAUUCCUGUCACCAUUGAAAAAUUCGCAGAAAAGCCCAAGCUAUGAAUCAUCAACUAUAAAUGUCUCACCUAGAGUUAGAAAGGAUACAGAAGGCAGUAUGUCUAUUGAAAAAUUAAAAUCAUCUAUCGAAACAUAUAAAACCAUCGAGCAAUUACGCGAGCAACAUAAGAGUCAUCAAGAAGAUUCUAAUACCAGUGCAAUAGAGGAUGAUGAUAUAGCAAGGCAAAAUGGCACAUCCCCUGAACUAAAAGAUCAUGAUAAAGCAGUGCCAAUCAAACCUACAAGCAUACCAAUAACUAAGAAAAGGGAGCUAAGACCGUCUUUCAUAGACGCUUUCCUGGGAAAUAUAAGUUCGCCAAGUGAAAGGCUAGAAGCUGAAUUCUUGCCAAGUGUUAAACUAUCACCAUCUUUUAUUCAUAGUAGUCCAAGAAGCAGGAAUUCAAUAGGAAGCCUAAGUUCCAACGUUUCCCAUUUACUAUUCAACAAUAGACCGGAUACAGCAAAAUCAGAUGCUGGCUCCAAAAAUGUGCUAUUUCAACAGCUGCUAGGGCUCAAAAAUAAAGGUAUAUCUAACAGUCAUGAAAACAAGGAUUAUUCUACAACUUUUACAACGAGUGCAUUACCCCCAUGGAGUACCAAGCGGCUCUUACGCCAAACUUAUGAACACUCUGUUCAGACAGGAAAUAUUUUAUUAUCUAUUACUAUUUUACUUUUAUUCCAAAACCUGUAUGAAAUCACCACAAUUGAAGUCGUCAAAGAUAGUCUUUCAGAAUUUAUAAGCCUUUUACACCGCUAUGAACUAUUUGAAAUUGCUACUGCUCUUUUAAAGUACUGUCCAUGGGAGGAUGUUAUGGGACCUGAAGGGGGACAAUCCACGAUUCAAAUAUACUGUGAAAAAUGUGGUGUACUCAUAACCAACGAACAGUCUAAAGACAAAUUCACAGUUGGAGUACAAGGAAAUUUGGAAAGUAAUCCGUUUGAAAGAUUUGGUUAUUGGUAUUGCGAUUCAUGCAAGAAGCCAAAUAGCCUCUGUGUUCUUUGUGAAGAACCCAUGAAAAAAAUGACCAUCAGUUUACUAGCUUGUGGCCAUGAGGGACAUUUUGAUUGUUUCAAGAAAUGGUUUAUACAAGAAGCUAUGGAUAGUUGCCCAGGAGGUUGUACACAUCCUAUAAAUCUUUAA